AUGGAGCUUUCGUUUCGGGAAUUCGACUUGAUUCUGGGUAUGGAAUGGUUGGUUAAGCACCGAGUCAAUUUGGACUGCGCGACUAAGAGGGUCGUACUGAGGACUGAAGAUGAUAAGGAAAUAGUUGUGAUCAGCGAGCGUGGAGACUAUUUGUCUGCUCUUGUGGCUGAAAAAUUAGUUUGGAAAGAGUGUAAGGUGUACUUGACCUACGUCAAUGUUUCUAUUUCUGGGGACUCUUCUAUCAAGGAUAUCAAAAUCGUGAGAGAUUUUUUGGAUGUCUUUCUUGAGGAGUUACCGGGUUUACCUCUGAAUCGAGAGGUCCAGUUUGGAAUUAAGCUUCUUCCGGGUACAGCUUUAGUGUCCAUCACUCUCUACCGUAUGGCACCGAAAGAGCUUACAGAGCUUAAUGCUCAACUUCAAGAACUUCUGGAGUGCCAUUUCAUCUGUCCUAAGGGGAUUCGUGUUGAUCCUCGAAAGAUUGAGGUUGUGCUUGAUUGA